AUGUACAAAACUCUCCUCUACACAACUGCCUUCCUCCUCCAAUCAGCAUUUUGUCUAAAAAUCCUGAUCGUCAACCCCUAUUUCGCGCUCAGCCACAUGAGAUUUAUGGGACGGGUGGCUGAUGUGUUGACGGAAGCCGGGCAUCAAGUUGUCGAGCUCCGCCAAGUGCUCAACGCCGAAUUGUUGGGCCAAAAAUUUUCCAACAGCCGCCGCGUCAUCACGGUUGAGGCUGACCCUACCGUAACUGCUAUGAAUGACCAGCUCAUCAACCCAGGCGGGAUUUACCCAAAGUUAUGGGAGAUGGAGGCUACUCCAACCGGAAUGAUUGAGCUUUUCUCCUACCUCGGCGGCAUGUUUUCCGCCCAAUGCCGCGCUGUCAUCACAAACUCGAGCGUACUCCAAGAGCUGAAGUACGAGCACUUUGACGUCGGCAUCAACGAGGGCUUUGAUUUUUGUGGAUUUGGAAUUUUCGAAGCGAUCGGCUUGAAAAAGGUGAUCGCUACCAGCACGACGAUCAUGUACGACCAUCAGGCACAGAUGCUCGGUGUUCCGACAGCUCCUAGCUACGUUCCAGGCGGUAUGUCCCCAACGAUGGACCGAAUGUCAUUUUUUGAACGUCUUGCUAACAGCCUGGGCACCAUGGUCGGGUCGUACGCUUUUGCCGGAUGCGUAGACCAGACGACGGCCGUUUUCCGGCAGCGCUUUGGGAAGGAGUUCCCUAGCAUGCAGGAGCUCUUCUCCCGCUCGGCUCUGAUGAUCACCAACAGCCACCAUCUCGUCGAUUUCCCGCAUCCGCUCAUCUCGAAAGUGGUAGAAGUCGGAGGUCUCGGCAUCAAAAAAGACCCCUCCCCCCUGCCAUCCACUUGGAAUUCCAUCCUAAACCGCAAACGCCGUACCGUCCUCAUCUCGUUCGGCUCGGUGAUCAAAGCUGCCGACAUGCCCAUGCAAAUGAAGAGGAGCAUCGUCGACACGGCCAGGAAUAUGCCGGAAGUUCAAUUCAUCUGGAAGUACGAGGGAGAUGAUAUCCUGCACGCCCCUGAAAAUCUCCUGUUGAGCAAAUGGACCCCUCAAUCGCAGCUUUUGCGCGAUUCCCGAAUCUCGCUUUUCGUGACUCACGGAGGGUUGGCAAGCUGCUAUGAGGCUUCUUACAGUGGAACCCCUAUGGUGAUUGUCCCGCUUUUUGCUGAUCAACCAAGAAACGCGAUGAUGAUGCGAAGACACGGUGUUGCGGCUGAAUUCAGCAAAAAGGAUCUAGGCAACGCCAAGAAACUGACGGAAACGAUCCGGAAGGCGCUGAGGGAUCAGAGCCUCGACGCCAACGCGAAGCGCCUAUCCACACACCUCCAGAGCGCUCCGUUCUCUCCCCAGGAGCUGCUGGUUAGGAAUGUGGAGUUUGUCGGAAAAUUCGGUCGACUCGCCGAACUCGAGCCCUACGGUCGCCGCCUGUCCUUUAUCGAGUAUUUCCUCGUUGAUUGGCAAAAAGCGCAA